AAAAUGCUAAUCAAUUCUCUUGGCAACAACUAAUAUAGUUAACUGAAUUAUUUAUUGCUAAUGCUAGAGAAAUGGGAGUGGCUGAAGAAGCGCACAAUGUUCGGAUUGUGGGGUCCGGUGAACAGACCAUAGUCCUGGCCCACGGGUUCGGCACAGACCAAUCAGUGUGGAAACACCUCGUGCCGCACCUGGUGGAAGAGUACCGGGUCGUGUUGUAUGACAAUAUGGGCGCGGGUACAACCAACCCGGAUUACUUUGACUUUGAUAGAUAUUCAACCCUAGAGGGCUACGCGUAUGAUGUCAUCGCCAUCUUAGAGGAGCUUCAGAUCCAGUCAUGCAUAUAUGUCGGCCACUCUGUCUCGGCCAUGAUUGGUGCAAUUGCCUCCAUCACUCGUCCAGAUCUUUUCUUGAAAAUUAUCACCAUUUCUGCUUCUCCAAGAUACUUGAACGACCCGGAUUAUUACGGAGGAUUCGAAAAAGACGAACUCGAGCAACUAUUCGAAGCCAUGAGAUCGAACUACAAGGCAUGGUGCUCCGGAUUCGCCCCACUAGCGGUGGGUGGUGACAUGGAAUCUUUGGCGGUGCAAGAAUUCAGCAGGACGCUGUUCAACAUGAGACCGGACAUAGCACUGAGCGUGGCCCAGACAAUAUUUUGUAGCGACAUCAGACCCUUCCUGUGCCACGUGGCGGUUCCGUGCCACAUCAUCCAGAGCAUGAAGGACCUGGCGGUGCCGGUGGUGGUUUCCGAGUAUCUCCACCAGAACCUUGGCGGGGAUUCCAUUGUUGAGGUCAUGUCGACCGACGGUCAUCUGCCGCAGCUGAGCUCGCCCGAUGUCGUGGUCCCCGUGCUUCUUAGGCAUAUUCGAUUCAAUAUCGCUUAAUUUGAUUAAAUCUGAUACGAUCACAACUUUGGGGGAAUGUUAUACUUGUGAUUUAUGAUUGGGAUUUGCUAUGUUGAUUUAAUAUAUAGUGUGCUUGAGUGAGUUUAUUAUUAUUAU